GGCCUCAGGGUGCUGUACGAGGUGCUGGACUCUAUUUGUUUCAAGUAGAGUGGAGCAGUGCUGACCAGACCGGAGGAGUCGUAGAGUCUUCCAGAGUGGAGUAAAGAAUGGCUGUUGAACAUCCACAAGGCACCUGCAAGAUACAGAAAUGGCAUUUAACACCCAUUUGUGCAAAUAAUUAUAAAGACCGAUGUAAGGAAUACCCAGGUCAAGAAAAAGAAUACAGCCAUCUCUAAAGCAGCCUCUGAUGUACCCCUCCACAAUCACAAACAAUUAUACUCUUCUGGUGAUAACCACUGUGAUCAUUUCUUUGUCUUUCAUUAGAGCUUUGAUAUGAAUUCCAAAACCACAUAGAUUUAGUUUUUGUCUGUUUUCUAUCUUUGUAUGAAUAGACAUUCUUUUGUGUCUUUUUUCAUGAAAAACGUUUGUGAGCUUCAUUCAUAUUUCCUAUAACUACAGUUCAUUUUUUUCCAUUGCUCUCUAUAUACUAUCUUGUAUAAUAGUAUCAGUUUACUACUUAUCUAUUCUACUCUUCAUGGACAUUUGACUUGCUUCUAGUUUUUGGCUGCUAUAAGCAAUGUGACUACAAAUGUUUUGUGCACAUAUUUUGGUACACAUGUGCUUGUAUUUCUUUAAUAUAUAUACUAAAAUUGUAAUUAAAUUGUUGAGGGAUUGGGUUUGCGCAUCUUCAAUUUUACUAGACAGUGCCGGACUGUUCUCUAAAUAUACUAUGCAAGUUUUUUACUUGAAUCAGCAGUUUAAAAAGGCUCCUUUUGUUUCACAGUCAUGCCAGCUCUUGGCAUUGUCACACUUUAAAAUUUUUGCCAAUUUGGUAGAUACCUAGUGUUAUCACAUUUAAUUGAUAUGCCUGUAUUAUCAAUGAAAUUGAACACUAAUUCUUGCCCGCCUGGAUAUCCUCUUUUGUGAAAUGCUUGUUCAAAUACUUUGCCAAUUUUUAACUGGGUUGUUUUUCUCUAACUGAUUUAUAGCAGUUGAAUAUAUAUAUAAAAUAUAUAUACAUAAUAUGUAUCUUCUAUAUUUUAGUUUACUGUCAGUUGCACAUGUGACAAAUAUUAUCUUCUACUCUGACUUGGUUUUUCACUCUGGUGUCUUUGGGUGAAUAGAGGUUUUGGAUUUCAAUGUGAUGAAAUCUUUUUCAAUAGUGCUGUUUAAGAAAUUUUCUGCUACCUCAAGGUAGUGAAGAUUUUCUUGUGUUCUCUUCUAAAAGCUUCCUCGUUUUUAGCUUUAACAUGUAUGUUUUUACACUACCUGGAAUUGAUUUGUGUAGGGUAGGGAUUCAAUUUCAUUUUAUCCCCCAUGUGAGUAUCCAGUUGCUCCAGUAUCAUUUAUUGAAAAGUUCAUCUUUUCUACACUGAGCUGCAGUGCCAUUGUAGCCAAAAAUCAAGUGACCAUUAUGGCCACGUCUGUUUCUGGACUUUAUGUUUUGUUCCAUUGCUCUGUUUGUCUCCCCUUGCAGCAAUACUCUGCUAUCUUAUUCACUGUGACUUUAUAAUAUUUGGAACAAGUCCUCUUACCUUCUUGUUCCUCAAGAAUGUCUUGGCUGUUUGUGUUUCUUUGCAUAUUCCAUAUACAUUUUUGAAAUAGUUUGGUUCCACUCAAACAUCUUUUGGGAUUUUGAUCGAAUUGCAUUGUGUCUAUAAUUAUGUGAGUAGAAAUUUGGGGAAUCUUCUAAUAACAUGAAUCUCUCAAUUGAUAUUACAUUUUCUGCAUGUUUCUCAUCAAAGUCUUGAUUAUCUCCUGUAAAUAGUCUUUGGCAGGGACUUCCCUGGCGGUCCAGUGGUUAAGACUCCGAGCUCCUGAUGCAGGGGGCAGAGGUUCGAUCCCUGGUCAGGGAAGUAAGAUCGCACAUACCGCAAGGCGCUGCCAGAAAAAAAAAAAUAGUCCUGGCAAAUAGGAAUAAUUUAAUCCAUCGUAUAUAGUAUUUCCCUUUUGCGUUGACUGCCAGGAAUUUGAGCACUUCAGAAAUGAUCAAUUGUAGUAAUAAUCUUAGCCUGGGUUUUUGACAUUGAAUACCUAUGAUGUAUGACCUUUGUGUAUGAUUAAAAUUUUUUCUUUAUUCUUAGCCUCCUCAAAUACAUUUUUGGAAGCGGGGGAUAUAAAAAUGAGAUAUAGACUUAGAUACAGAUGUAGAUAUUUAUUGUCUAAUAUUUUUAUUUUAAUAACAUUCUUGUCUAAUCAAGUCAGAUUUGUGUGGUACCUUUUGCUGUUCUCCCUAUAUUAUAUUUCUUUUUUAACUACUCUUUCCACUUCUCUUCCCCAGCCCCCUCAACCCCCUCCCCCACACUCUCCUCCAUCAGGCAGUGUCUGCCUCUACCUCUUUGCCAUCUAUUCUCACUAACACUUUAGUUUAAAUAUUGGCUCCCUCAGAAAAAAAAGAAACAAAUCAUCCCUCGGGUUAUUUUACCUACACUACUAGUCUCUGUAACAUGGUAUAAAAAUUAGGGAUUCUAGUAUCAAAUGUGACAUCUGAUCUCAGCUACACCACCUAUGAGCUGUUUAACCUGUAAACAAGAGGUUCUCAUUCUCAAUGUUGUUGAGAAUGAAAUAAGAUAUAUAGAACACUUGGUACACAUCAGAAAUCCAAUAAAUGUUAGCUCCCCUCUCCUUUAUUUCCCAUUCUUGGGACCUCUAAAUCAAUUAUGGUAUAAAGUGGUUGCCUAAAAGUCUUUUGGUGGGUCCCAAAGUCUUUUGGUGGGUCCCAAAAGAUUUUUUUUUAAAUUGCUGAGGUAUAAUCGACAUAUAACAUUAUAUUUGUUUCAGAUGUACAACGUAAUGAUUCAAUAUUUGUACAUACAGUUGACCGUUAAUGUGGAGGUUAGGAGCGCUGACUCUGCACAAUCAAAAAUCUUCAUAUCACUUACAGUCUGUCCUCCAUAUCCAUAGUUCCUCUGUAUCUGCAUUCUCGGAUUUAACCAACCACAGAUCCUGUAGUACUAUAGUAUUUACUACUGAAAUAAAUCUGCUUAUAAGUAAAACUACUCAGUUCAAACCCAUGUUGUUCAAGGGUCAACUGUAUUGCAAAAUGAUCACCACAGUAAGUCUAGUUAACAUCCAUCACCAUACAUAGUUACAAUUUUUUUUCUUAUGAAUUUUAAGAUUUAAUCUCUUCAUAACUUUCAAAUGCGAUACAGUAUUAUUAAGUCUACACCAUGCUGUACAUUAUAUCCCCAAGCUUUAUUUAUUUUAUAACCAGAAGUUUGUACCUUUUGACCCCCUUUACCCAUUUCACCCAACCCCACCCCCUCACCCCCUGUCUCUGGCAACCAACAAUCUGUUCUCUGUAUCUAUGAGCUUGGUUUUUGUUUGCUUAUUUGUUUAAAUUCCACAUAUAAGUGAGAUCAUAGGGUAUUUUUCUUUGUCUUACUUCACUUAGCAUAAUACCCUCAUGGUCCCUCCACACGGUUGCAAAUGGCAAGAUUUCAUUAUUUUUCAUGGCUGACUAGUAUUCCAUUGUGUAUUGCCUACCUAUUGUUAUAUUAUUUGAAUAGUUUGUAUUAUGUAUUUGAAUUUUUUAAUUUUAUGUCUCUGUGCUUGUACCUGUGCCAUGUUUAGAUCAUUUCUUUUUUAAAAUCUUUGAAUACUUGGUCAAAUAUGUCACUUUUCUGAAGAUAGCUGUAUACUUUAUUUCUUUCAUUACAAAAAAAUUAUUUAUUACAACAAAUUUGUAAAACACAGAGAAGCACAAAUAAGUAACAAAAGUUAUCUAUAAUCCUGUCAGUUAAAGACAACUGCUGUCAAUACUGAGAAUUCAUUUCUAAAUGUGAUCAUACUAUGGCUACUGACCUGUAACCUGCCUUUAUCAUGCCAAAAUAUCAAUACAUUGUGAACAACUGUCCAUGUCUUUACACAUUUAUCUUUACCAUGAGUUGUAAUGCCCUUAUCAUGUUACCAUUUUACCAAGCCCCCUUUUUUGAACAUGGUUUGCUUACAAAUUAUUGCCAUUAUAAACAAUGAGCAUCUCCUUAGACUGAAUGCUAGUGCUUUCCUUUUUAAAUUUUAUUUUUAGUUAAAUUAUAUUUAGUUAAUAAUCAUAAUUUUGUUAUAAAAAUAAUUUGUAUGUUGUGAAGGGGUUCAGGUCUGAUGUAACUACAAUCCCCAAUCCAAGGUAUCUACUCAAAGUACCCAAAGGUAGCCACUGUUAUCAGUUAAUUAUUUAUCCUUUUAAAAUAUCCUUUUACAUGCAUACACAUGUAAAUGUGUAUGUGGUACUGUUUUGUCACUUAAAAAUAUUUCUAUAUAAAAAGGAUUAUAAGUGUAUCCUGCAAAAUGUGGAAAGUAAAUGAAUUAUAGAGUGGAUCCAAGGAUUGAGUUGGUUCACAUAAAACACUUAAAAGAGGACCUGCCCAUUUACUUAGUGUCAGUUAGUUAUUGUUACUGUUUGUGCUUUUUAUUCUGUGUGGAGAAUUGUUCACUUAAGUAUAGAGCUCAUUUUAAUUGCUUCAUGUAAGGCCAUAUUUUAUAAUAUGAAAUCAUGGAGAUAAUAGAGUACACAUAUUCUAAACUUCAGUAAACACUUCCAGUACACUCAGCUCUCUCUGCUAGAACCUGUGUUUCCACUGCCAUUAGGUUACUUUUGGCUGCAUAAGGCAGAAAAACACAACUGCAACAAAUAGAACAGAGAGUUAAUUAUUUCAUUUAAUUUAAGCUGGUUAUUCUUAACCUUGGUUACUGAUGUCUGGGUCCCACUCCCAGCGAUUCUGAUUUAAUUGGUCUGGGAUAUAACCUGGACAUCAUCAUUUUUAAAAGAUCACUAGGUAAUUCUAGUGUGCUGCCACAGUUGAGAAUUAAUGACUUAAAGUCAUACAAGAUGACAAGAAAAACAUUAAGAGUUAAUUGGUCUGGAGUGGGGUUCAAGCUUUAGAAUUUUUAAAAAAGCUACCUAAUUGAUUCUAAUAGCAAUCAAUUCAGAACCACUGGCCUAGGCAAAUCAUGAUUCAUUUUCUGGAGCUGAUGAAAAAAAGCUAUGGAAAAAAAUUCUUGUAGCAAGGAAGUAGAGGAGGGAUGAUUUUGAGGGGGGCAGUCAGUAGUAUCUGUCAUACCUGUGCCCUUACCAGCAAUUAACAAUAGGAAAAUAUCACCGUUUGGUCAUUUUAGUGGUGUUUUGGGAUAAAACCUAAAGGAGAUGGUAUACAUACAUGUUUAAUCAGCAGUCUUCAUUUUUUUUCAAAAGCAAGGUUUGACUUUUGUGAAUCUUAUAUAUUUUAAAUCUUCAUUAAUUUUUUUCUGCUUUUUUUUUGAGAUUCUUUUGUUGCAGUAUUGAAUUCAAAUCAGUUUUAUUUUUUAAAAGGAGUUUAAUGUUAUUAAAUUUUCUUUUUGGGGGGGUAAUUUUCUUUCCUAUGUCCAGGUUUUUUACAUGUAUUGAUCUCCUUUUCACUUCAUUUCUAGGUAUUUUAUAUUUCUAUUUAGUUUCAUAUUUAACAUGAGAAUUAUUUAGGAAUAUGUCUUGUUUUGGGUAACUUUUAAAUUUUGAUUAAGUUUCAAACUUGCAGGAAAGUUACAAGAAUAGUACCAAGUAUUCUUGGGUACUCUUUGCUCAGAUUCACCAAUUGUUUACAUUUUGCCCCAUUUGUAUUAUCAUUCCUGUGUGCACUUGCAAUUGUUCUGCGUAUCUAUAUAUGCAUGUGAGGACACACACACAUACACAAUACACACAUUUUAUCUGAACCAUUUAAGAAUAAGUUGCAGACAUUUGCCUCUUUACCCUUAAACACUUCAGUGUGUUAUUUCCUAAGAACAAGAGUAUUCUCUUACAUAACCACAGUACAGUCACUAAAAUAAGAAAUUUAAACAACAGUGCAAUACUGUUAUGUAACAGUCCAUAUACAAAAUUUUUUGCUAGUCUCAAUAAUAUUCUUUGUAGCAAUUCAUCCUACUUACACCACACCCUCUCUCCCUGACUUGCUAUCCAGGAUACAGUCUAGGAUCACACACUGAAUUUAGUUAUCAUGUCUCUUUUUAGUCUUUUUUUUUUUAAAGAUUUAAUUUUAUUUAUUUUUGGCUACCUUGGGUCUUCGUUGCUGCAGGCUCAGUAGUUGUGGCACGUGGGCUUAAUUGCACCGCAGCAUGUGGGAUCUUCCCGGACGAGGGCUCAAACCUGUAUCCCCUGCAUUGACAGGUGGAUUCUUAACCACUGCACCACCAGGGAAGCCCCUUGGAUUCAUUUUUUAAUCUGCUCCUUAUUGUGGUUACGUUAUUCAUUUCAAAUUCUUUUAGGUUCAUUUAUUCCCUUUGUAUUCUGUUUGAUUUUUUAAUUAAUAUUAAUCCAUUCUUGUUUAUUUGAUUGUAUGAACAUGGUUCCAAACAUUAAAACUAUACAAAAAGAUACAGUUAGUGUCACUGUGCUCCCAUAACCUUCGUUUUAGUGAAUAUUGUGCACUGAAUUGUGUCCCCCCACCAAAUUCAUAUGUUGAAGCUCUAACCCCCCAGUACUUUACAAUAUGACUAUAUUUGGAGACAGGGUUUUAAAAGAGAUGAUUAAAACGAGGCUGUUAGGGUGAAUCCUAAACCAAUCUGACUGGUAUCCUUAUAUGAGAGGAAAUUUAGACACACAAAGAGACACCAGGGAUGCUCACACAGAGGAAAGACCAUGUGAGAACACAGUGAGAAAGUAACCAUCUGCAAGCCAAGGAGAGAGGCCUCAAAAGAAAACAAACUUGCUGACACCUUGAUCUUGGACUUCUAAUCUCCAGAACUACUGUGAAUCAAUGUUGAGACCAAGAAUUAUUUCUGAAAAAGGAUAUUUAUGGAAUAGAAUCAUCCUGAUGGGAGAUAAUGGAAAGACUUAUAAAAAACAGCAUUGAGUGUUCAAGUUUCAGAGGUGAUUGGGAAUGUAAAAGCCAGUUUGAGAGAAAACAGGAAUCUCAGGAAGGACAUUUCAGUCAAAUGAUAUUUACUCCUGAAGACAUACCCACUUUCAAUAUCCAGCAUCAGAGAAUUCAUACUGAUGAGAAACUCCUUGAAUGUAAGGAAUGUGGGAAGGAUUUUAGUUUUGUAUCAGUCCUUAUUCGACAUCAGCGAAUUCAUACUGGUGAGAAACCUUAUGAAUGUAAAGAAUGUGGCAAGGCCUUUGGUAGUGGUGCAAACCUUGCUUACCAUCAAAGAAUUCAUACGGGUGAAAAACCUUAUGAAUGUAAUGAAUGUGGGAAGGCCUUUGGUAGUGGCUCAAACCUUACUCACCAUCAGCGAAUUCACACUGGUGAGAAACCAUAUGAAUGUAAGGAAUGCGGGAAAGCCUUUAGUUUUGGAUCAGGCCUUAUUCGACAUCAGAUAAUUCACAGUGGUGAAAAGCCUUAUGAGUGUAAGGAAUGUGGGAAGUCCUUUAGUUUUGAAUCAGCCCUUACUCGGCAUCACAGAAUUCACACAGGUGAGAAACCUUAUGAAUGUAAGGAUUGUGGGAAAGCCUUUGGCAGUGGUUCAAACCUUACUCAGCAUCGAAGAAUUCAUACUGGUGAGAAACCUUAUGAAUGUAAAGCAUGUGGAAUGGCCUUUAGUAGUGGUUCAGCUCUUACGCGGCAUCAAAGAAUUCAUACUGGUGAGAAACCAUAUAUAUGUAACAAAUGUGGGAAGGCUUUUAGUUUUGGAUCAGCCCUUACUCGACAUCAAAGAAUUCAUACCGGUGAGAAACCUUAUGUGUGUAAGGAAUGUGGGAAGGCUUUCAAUAGUGGCUCGGAUCUCACUCAACAUCAGAGAAUUCACACUGGUGAGAAACCCUAUGAGUGUAAGGAAUGUGAGAAAGCCUUUAGAAGUGGUUCAAAACUUAUUCAACAUCAAAGAAUGCACACUGGUGAGAAACCCUAUGAGUGUAAGGAAUGUGGGAAGGCCUUUAGUAGUGGUUCAGACCUCACUCAACAUCAGAGAAUUCAUACUGGUGAGAAACCCUAUGAAUGUAAGGAAUGUGGGAAGGCUUUUGCUAGUGGCUCAAAACUUAUUCAACACCAGCUAAUUCACACAGGUGAAAAACCCUAUGAAUGUAAAGAAUGUAGAAAGUCCUUUAGUAGUGGUUCAGCCCUUAAUAGGCACCAGAGGAUACACACUGGUCAGAAACCCUAUGAAUGUAAGGAAUGUGGGAAGACUUUUGGUACUGGCUUGAGCCGUACUCAACAUCAGAGAAUACAUACUGGUGAGAAACUUUAUGAAUGUAAGGGCUGUGGGAAGGCUUUGGAGAGGGGUUCAGAAAUUCAGCAACAUAAGAAAAGUCAUGCUGGUAAGAAGCUCUGUGAAUGAGAAACUCUAUAAAUUGGAACUACAUAAUUAAGGAACCAUACAAUAAAGAGAAUUCAUACUAGUGAGAGUCCCUACAAAUGUAAUUAAGAUACAUAUACUUAUACUUUACCAGUUAGUCAGUCUGAGAAAAUUCAUACAGAAAAUAAACACUCUGAAUAAAAUAUUUGAAUAUUUUUAUCUAAAUUCAUUACUUUCAGAAAAUUCAUACUUGUGAAUAUUAUAAGUUGAAAAACCUUUUUAUUGUAUAUUGCAUUUAUGUUAAGCAUAGAAAUUUAUUUGGGGGCUAACCCUGCUACUUUCUUUUUAAUGUUCUUAAUUUUUUGUGAAGUAUACAGAAUUACUGAUGCAUUUUAAAAUUAUUUUAAAUUAUUGAGGGUCUAAUUUACCCUUUUUCCCCUCCCCCAUUUCUCAUACUAACACCAUUUAUUUAAUAACCAUAUCUAUUUUUAUAUAUUUUUAUUGCAUGUUUGAUGGUAAGUUUAUUUUUAUACAUAUAAAGCUUCGAUAUCAGGUCAGUCUUUGUUUUUAAAAUUUGCAUAUCUGUCUAUGUAUCUGUGUGUCACCCUGUUUGUGUUAAGUUACUGUUACUUUUACAUAUCCUUUAGUAUCUUAUGGAUAUGUACCUUUUGGAAGAUUGUUUUAUUUUCCUUUUAGAAACUUAUACUAUUCUUUUUGCAGAACAAUUUUCCUCCAUAAAAAUGUAGAUAUGAGUAAAAAAGAAAAUAGCUACAGUUAUCUGUAAUCUUACCAGUCAUAGACAAUCACUGUCAAAUUUUUGGAGCAAAUCCUGUAAGAUUACAUUUGGCAUUGCUUUUGAGAGAAAGUGUGAUUAUGCUAUAACCAGCCUUUAAUAUUCUUUGUCUGUGAAUGUAUUGUUACUAGUCCAUUGGCUUAAAAGUAUUUACCUGUUUUUAUCAAACCCCCAUUUUGUCAAAUACUGAAAUUUUUGCCAUUAUAAAGAGUUACCUUGUUGGCCCCUUUUGAAUGUGUCUGCUUUAUUUAUUUGUUGUCCAUUUUAGAGAUAAUAUGUGGCUCUCUUCUGCUUUUACUGAUUUAUACAUUAUAGGUAAAAUUGUACUUCCCUUUGACUAACAUCCCGACCUUAGUUACUUCCCCAACAUAACCAACUUACUUAUUCUUCCAGAUCCUUUUGUAUGCAUAUAUGAUGUGUUUAUGGUAAUGUGGGCCUAAUUAGUGUACUUCAGAGGUUGGUUAUGGGGAUUCUACAGUUGUGCCUAUCACAUAAUAAAUACUUGGUUAGUUUAGCCAUCA